GCAUGGAGGAAAUGGGAUAUUCAGUGGAUAAAGCUUGCUACGUGUUUUACAAGAUGCUGAACAAAAAGAUAAUUGCACGCGUGGUUGGCAUCAUUACACACGCCAUGCUUGAUGCAAUUUAUUACUUGAGCACAAAAAUAGGGACAGUCCACGGAAACAUCAAAACAUCAAACAUUCUGUUUAACGAGUAUGGAGAGGUCAAGUUAUCUGACUAUGACGGUUUUACUAGGCGCUUACGUUCUAUCCAAGCACAAUCUCGAGAUCUUGGAUGUCCCUACUAUAAGGCUCCUGAACAGAUAAAAGCGAAUCCGGCAACGCUGAAAGACGAUAUUCGAUCGGAUGUGUGGAGUAUAGGAGUAUGCAUGCUUGAGAUGUUACUUGGUAGCAAUCCGUACUCUGAAUGCAAAAACAUUUUUGAUUUCAUUGUUCGAGUUGUCCAUGGUCCUGUACCCUUGUCUGUAGUAACAAGAAAAGACAUACUAGUGCCGGAACUAGUAGAGUACAUUAGCCACUUCUUGAUAAAAGAGAUAGAACAAAGACCAUAUCCUGCAGAACUAAUGGAACACCGUUUCUACCACAUAUGUCCACUAACCAGUCACACUAUUCUUUAUUGGUGUAGAGAAGUAAUCAUAGCCGAUAAUGCCAGAGUAAUACAUCCAUAACAAGUAGAUACUAUCAACAGCAUAUGACUAGAAUUACCGUAUAGCACAAAACAAUAGCAUUGCAAACUUGGUGCCUAUACGUCUUUGUCGUUAGAGAUGUCAGCAAACUAUGAACACUUCUAUUAGAUUUGUGUUACUUUGUGUGU